AUGUGCGGCGCAUCGGUUAUCGUGUCGUUAUGUCGCCAUGAUGCGGAGACCAACGGACACGCGGCAGCGACGAGGGCCGACAAGGAAAGCAGGCUUUCCAAAAGCCUCGAUUUCAUGGCGCACCGCGGCCCGGACGCUCGGGGAAUCUGGAUUGACCCGACGGCAAGAGUUGGGCUCGCGCAUGCCCGGCUCACCAUCAUUGAUCUCUCGGCCGAGGGAAACCAGCCCCUGCACGACGACCAAGGACACAUCCAUGCCGUGAUCAACGGCGAGAUCUACGACCACGACCGCCUCCGCCAGGAGUGCGUCGACGCCGGCUACAGGUUCAAGGGCCACAGCGACUCGGAAGUGGUCGUCGCCUUGUACCAGCGAUACGGCGCCCCGGCGUUCCUGGAGCACUGCCGCGGGGAGUUUUCCAUGGUCAUCUACGACGACCGCUCCGGCGAGGUCUUUGCCUGCCGCGACCGGUGCGGCAUCAAGCCGCUGUUUUACACCGUCGUCCAGGACGAGUUGUGGUUCGCCUCGGAGAUCAAGGGGUUUUUGGGCAUGGGCUGGAAGCCGGAGUGGGCCGUGGAAAAGAUCGCAAUGGGCAUAACCCAGAUCGGCCCCAACACCAUUUUCAAGGGUGUCAACAGGAUUGAACCUGGAUUCUACAUGAGGGUCACUAGGGAUGGAACCAUGACCCAUUCCAAAUACUGGGAUUUUGAUUUUCCCGACAAGACCAAAGUCGACAACCGGUCCAUGGAAGAAAUGGUCGAGGAGCUGCGUGCAGAACUGGUCAAUGCCGUGCGGCUCCGGCUUCGAGCCGACGUGCCGGUGGGCAUCUAUCUAUCGGGCGGUCUCGACUCGUCGCUCGUCGCGGGCAUUGCAAAGAAGCUCAUCGACGAGGAGGGCGUCACGGCGGGCAGCCAGAAAGCAUCGGAACGAAUGACCACCUUCACCAUCGCCGUGAACAGCGACAAGGGCGAUUCGGUGUACAAUGAGGCUGCUAUUGCGAGCAGGACGGCCAAGUUCCUGGGGGUAAAGGAAAAGACGCUAAAUGCGGAUGAGGAGCUUUUGGCCUCGACGUUUGAGGACGCAUGUUGGUUUUGCGAACAGACGAUGGCCAACCUCUCGAUUUGCGCCAAGGUUGCCUUGUCCCGACUCGCUCGCGAGAGCGGCAUCACCGUCAUCUUGACAGGUGAAGGUGCCGAUGAGACGUUUGCCGGAUAUCCUUGGGUGCUCCCGGACCUGGUCACGGAGCCAGACUACUCGCGGCCCGACGCAGCAAUGAACAGAGAUAUCGACAAGCUGCGUGGUCCAGUUCGCGAACAAAUGUUCAACCUGUGGGCGGCCUUGAACAGUCCCGAGCUGCCCCAGCUGCUAAAGGAGGUCAAGCCCGAGACGUGGGACAGGAUGAACCAUGCGAGCACGCCGUUCCUUUUUGAUAACGCCGGCGGCGUGCACCUUCUCCACCCCAAACUCCUCGCCAGGUACAACAUCGACCGGAGGAUAAACAACGUGCUGGACUGCCUGGACCAGAGCACCCUGGAUAGCAUCCGGGAGAAGUGGCAUCCGCUCAACUCCUCAGUCUACUUCAACCACAAGAUCAUCCUCAGCAACCUGGUCAUCCCUCUGAACGGCGACCGGACAGAGAUGGCCAACAGCAUCGAGGGUCGGCCGCCCAUCCUGGACCACAAGGUGCUUGAACUUUCGACCCGGCUACCGCCCAGCGUCAAGAACGGAUACUUCCCGGGGGGCUCCGACCUGAACAGCGGCGAGACCAUCUUCAGGACCAACGACGGCCAGGAGCUCAUCACCAAGUUCCGAGAAAAGCUCAUCCUGCGCGAGGCGGCCAGGCCCUUCGUCACCGACGAGAUCUACACCCGACCCAAGCACAGCUUCAUGGCGUCAAACAUGUACGGCCCCGGGGGGCCCAUCCACCAGCUUCUCAAGCGGCUCCUGACCAAGGAAAACGUCGACGCCGUCGGCUUCCUCGACUGGCCCAAGAUACAAGGCCAUUUGGAACACGUCUUCGACCCCGAGUCGCGCGGUAAAAAUUUCACACCCUGCCUGGCGGCGGCAUCUUUUGUUGUAAUCAGCCAGAGGUUUGGCGUAGCCACCGCCUCGCUGGAGUGA